UCACAUUCAGAAACGAUUGCUGGAUAGGUGGUUGAUGCGAUCUAGGCAAUAUAGUUCCGUGAAAAUAGUCUUUAUAUUCUGUGUUGGAAUAAGAAAUAGUAGUGAGUCUAAAAGAAGCGAAUUUUUCGAAAAACAAUUUUAAAAAAUAAGCUUAUAAUUGCUGCGCAAGCAGAAGGCGCAAGUUACUCCAUUACACACACUGCCAUACAUUUAUUGCGGUACACGCAAGUGUAUGUGAAAAUUCGCCUUGUUCUCUUCCUUUCAUACAACGCCGUGCGGUAUUUUGGCGUUUGGCGGUUUUUACUUCAUACGGAUCCAUUCAUUCAAACAUUCAAAGUUGAAAGGAGCACAUUAAAAGGCAUAUUUUCAUGGUGAGAUUUCCUGUUAUUAUCUCAUGCUGCGCAUUUGGCUUAAAUCUAGAAUUACAAGAAUCGUUUGUCAAUGGGAUUUUAGUGUAUCCAGAGUGAAAAUAUUCGUGAAGUGAAAAGGAUUUCCAAUUGUCUGCGUACAGCAGUAAACCGAGUUCGAUUUAUGGACCGAUAGGUCUGAGCCAAACAAGAGAGGAAAAAAAACCGAGUUUCAUACAGAACAGCUGAAGAACGAUAUGGCAACUGUGCAAAGUAGCAAGGUGGCGGCGCAGUACAAUCAGCACUAUACUCCGACCAAUAGUAAUCAUAUACCCGGAGUAAUUACAAUUGGACCUGCUGCUAUACAAUCGGAUUGUCAAUACCAAACAAUAACCCAAAUUCAGCCUCAGGAACGGCGGCCCGUACCGCCGAAACCGAUAAUUUUGAAUCGAUCGGUUGGUGGUCCUUCGAUGGCCGAGAGUCAGCUGAUUCCAUCCUUUUCCGAAGUCGACGCACAACAACCUCUUCCCAAGGUUACGCAGCAGUCAAAUUUACUGCUGUUGGUUGAAUGGGACAUGCCCCCCGGUGAACCAAAUGCGUACUCGGUCAUCAAUGCAUCGGAACUGGUGCUGCACAGCCAGAGCACUACACGGGAAACUAUUCACACUGGAAAAACCAUAUAUGUGAAGCGGGGCAAGAAGUUACUGCAAGCAACAGUUGUUAUUAUUUCCGAUGAUAAACAAUUCAUUGAAACCGAACUGAGGCAGCUGCGAAAAAUGGCCGCCGAGAAUUUGUACCAAAAUACAGCUUCAUCAUCGCAAAAUAUCAAAAUAGAGCAAGCAACCAAGCGUCGUCGGACAGAAACUGCAACCAAUAGCCCAAACGAGCAGGAACCGCUCAGCCCCGAGUAUGAACCGAUGCCAACUCCGGCCCAGAUAGCGACCGCCAACUGGGUCAACAGCUGUAAAUCGGAGCGUGUCAUAUCCCCGUCGCCAUCGCUGUUAACCAUACACAUGUCCAAUGCUCCAGCGCCUCCCAUGACCUUUCACCAACAGACCCAGACGGAUGCAAAAUUCUUUCCACAGGAAACCGGUCACCCGAGCCAGCUUGAAAUGGCACGGUUACUUUCGUUGCAGGAAAGCAUCCUGGCAGAGCAAAAAAGUGCACGAAUGGAAAGCGAGUUCAACAGAAAAAUGAUGUAUGAUAUAAUUGAACAAUUGAAUACAUUUUCCGAAACGCUGAAAAAUAUUGCAUCGAAAGUCGAAUCUGCUAAUAAAUACGAGCAAACAGAAACUAUCAAAGAUUCGAUCAACAACGUGUCCAACUAUGUAGUGCUGGGUACCGGUGAUGAAAGUCGAGAUCGCAUAUCCGUGGCAGAAUCGAACGUUCCUAAGCCCGCAAUUUCCAAUGAGAGCAGCAACAACAUGGUAAUCGAUCAGCUGAGUUUACACGACGAAACCAACAUGUCAUUUGGUCAAACAAAAUACUUCAUUCAAGAAGAUACCUCUUCAGCCGCUUCCACACCAAAAAACUUUAGCUUUUCCAAUCGACUUUCUGCUUCAGCCCUAAGUCUAAGUAAUCUAAGCGAUCAGAACGGUAGCAAUCACAACCAAAGUAGCAAGUCGACUGUAAAUGACAUGCUAAAAGACUGGAACGAAGACGAAUCCGACGAAUCUGAAAUGACCUCUAUUGGCCCGAAUAACACCAUGGUAAAGAAACAAGUACUACGUGCAAUUAACUGGACAAGCUAUAAGGCCGCCACGCGGAAGCUUCUGAUGACGUUAUUCACUAGGGAUAUGCUUUCAACACAUACUUUAACCGGGCGUCCAUCUCCGGCUUUUAUGGGCGACCGAGCCAAACCAGUAAAGGAUAAACUAGAUCAGAAAAUCAUAGCGGACAUAAUUGCUAUUGUGGUGAAAUCCUGCAAUGUUUCGGAGUCGAUGGUUCGAACGGCAAUCACAACAAAAUGCGCCGACGAGAACAAGAUGAGCCGAAUGAAAAAUGGCAAAACGUCCUCGCAGACGAUAAUGACCCAGUUUGUCAAGGACCAUCCGGCCACAGCGAUUGCGUGUGCUAACGGAAAUCAGCUUUCAACUAGUGUCGAGAUGUCAACACCUGCACCCUCGGUUGUGGCGCAAUCCAGGAGGAUUAAACGAGAGAACAAGGAAAACGUGCAUUGAGGAAUCUUCCGUAAGGUUUAACCAAAAAAAAAAAACGAAAUUGUUAAUGUUUUACUUACUUCAUUGCCAUCGCUGAGGCUGCCAUCUGUUUUAUUCAUAUCUUCUGCAAACCUGAUGAUAUUUUAGUGAUAAAUUUAGAAGUAUUUUUUUUAACGGGUCGACGAAUAACUUUGAAUGUCCAGUUGUUUCUUAAAAAGGUAGCAAGAAUGCUGAAUGUACAAAAGUAUUUUAAACUAAGA